AUGUCCGCUUACGCUGCCACGAAGCCUAUGCCUGAGUGCUGGGGACACCGCGGAGCUUCAGCUACCUUCCCCGAGAACACGCUCGCAAGCUUCGAGGCCGCCAUGCGUGACGGCGCCGAGGGCAUAGAGAGCGAUGUCCACGUAUCUGUAGACGAUGUUGUUGUCAUGUUCCACGACCCUUCUGUCGACAGGGUUACGGACGGGACAGGGCUCAUCAGGGAGAGGCUAUGGCACGGCGAGGGUGGUCUCCAGCAGCUCCGGACCGUCAAGGAGCCGAAGCAGGCGCUUGCCACUUUCGAAGACACCAUCAAGCUGCUCAUGCGGCCCGAGAACCGACACGUCAAGUUCAACGUCGACGUGAAGGUUCAAAACAAGCCCGCACACCUCUUCACGCUCAUGCACAAGAUCAUUUCUGCCCAGCCAGACUGGGAGACCACGCUCGCGCCGCGCAUCCUCCUUGGGCUCUGGCAUCCCAGCUUCCUCCCGCACGCGAAGGCCCAGCUGCCAUACUGCCGUCGCUCAUAUAUCGGGUCGGACAUUGCUGUCGCGCGCAAGUUCUUUUGGGACAGCUGCGACGUGUUCUCCAUCAAGUUCUCGACACUUGGCAUGGCGGACGGCGCGAAGUUCCGCAAGGACUGCAAACAGGCCGGGAAGCGCGUCAUGGCGUGGACCGUCAACGAGCCCGAGCAUAUGGUAGAGGCUGUUCGCUGGGGCAUUGACGUCAUCAUCACCGAUACGACGAAGACAUGGCUUGACCUCCGCUCUGCUCUCGAGGUUGACUAUGACAAGAUCGCCGCGCAGCACAGCCGGCUGUUCUACUGGACGAAGCUUGAGUUCUACACCCCCAUACAGAUCAUCACGCGCCGUCGCGACCACAGCUACCUCGAGGGCUACGCGGGCCCCUUCCGCAAGAUAGAGGCCGCGGAGGCGCUGCCUCGCAUGUCCACCGCCGAGGCGUGA